AUGGAGUGGCAUGACCCCGACUGUCGUCGAAUGGACCCUGUUCCAUUUGACAACGACCUCUGGACGUGCCAAGCCUGCGGAACAGUUGGUCCUCUCAGGUUCUUCGCUGACUCGCUUGGCGAAUGUGCAACCCCAGAGCCUGCGAGUAACAAAGACACGCACAAAGAGUCCAUACAGCGUUUGUCAUGGCCAGAAUGUGUCGAAUACCAUCAAGAACCAUUCAGUCAAGACAUAGAAAAGGCUUUGUGCCUCGUCAAAGCCAAUUAUCCAAAAGUGGCCACCGGAAUUACUUAUCGAGUGGGAGAAGUGAGCGAUGCUUACGGGCGAGAGAUACUCCCUGUCAUUUAUCCCAAGUUGACAGAGCGCUCUCAUAUCCGGCUUCUGGAGCUCUUACCGGCGCCUCGAGAAAAGGCCCUUGAAGGCCGAUUCCAGGUUGUCGAUAUAGAGCAAAUGCCAGCCUAUGAAGCUUUGUCGUAUACAUGGGCAGAUGACAAUAAUGAUGCCUCCCUCUGUCAGCGCAUUUUUAUCGGCCUCGGUAACAGAGCUCUGCCCAUCACGCGUAAUUGCCAUCAAGCACUGAGUCGUCUACGCCGCAAGACCGAGUCUUUGCUGAUAUGGGUGGAUGCCAUUUGUAUCAAUCAGUCUGACCUUGGUGAAAGAUCUGACCAGGUUGCCAUGAUGGGCACAAUAUUCUCGCAGGCAGCGGAAGUACACGGAUACGUGGGUGAAGACCCUGAUAACGUCGAAGGUGGAGAGUUUGGAGCAAUAACCCUCCUCAAAGAUGAGCUCCAGUCUUCCAAACUGGCCUCGAGACACUUCAAAGACAACGCCGAGGAGGCCCUGGGCAGACUCUUGAGAAGACCGUUCUUUUCUCGCUUAUGGGUGGUACAAGAAGUCCUUCUCGCCCGGUCCAUCACCAUUCACUGCGGCGAUUCAACAACGCCAAUUUCUAGGGACGUGUUUAUUAAAGCCAAGUUGCACAACGCCGAGGUCCCUUGGUGGCUGACAAAAAUCGGCUGGAUUGGAGCACAAUCAAAGGGCGAUAUACUGGAGCUCCUCUCUGCAACCGCACUUUGUAAGAUGAGCGACAUGCGAGACAAGAUAUUCGGUCUACUCGGGUUGGCCGAUGGCAAUGAAGUCAAUGUACUGAAGGCAAAUUAUAAGCUGACAGUACGAGAAGUAUACAUUGGGACUGCCCUAUACCUCAUCCAGCAAAGAAAUUGGCACAACGUCAUUGAACUUGCUGAGUCUAUGACAAACCUCAGACUUCGUUCCAAGUACGGAAUCCCUAGUUGGGUUCCCUUGUGGGACUUACAAGAGACUGCCUACAACUCAGUCGACUUAUCGGAGCGAUUGGGAGAGAUAGAGCUUGGCUGGAAAGUGCGUUUGAAUCGGGAUCCUAUUCUCUCAUCCAUGACAGGGAACCUUCUUGUCCCUCCCUCUCAGCAAUUCAGAACUAUCCCACUCUUGACCAGCCAUGAAACAGCAGAAAACUUGAACCCGACACAAAGCUUCAAAGCAGUAGAUGCCAAGACAGGAUGCCUUAUCACCGACGGUUAUGAGAUCACCGUUCUGUAUUACGCCAGCUUCAUGUCUGGGGAUGAAAACAACACAGUCGAUGGCCAGUAUCGUGAGACUAAUUAUCAUAUGCUCAGCGACUCCGUUUUCCUUGCCACUAGUGGGCCCAUGUCAAGGUUUCGAGAAAAACCAGAACGCAUGCUGGGGUUGAGUGAUCUCCUUUCUUUGGUCAAGAUAUCUGGCUGUAGAAUGCCCUUUCUCGCUAACAAGCAUGUGCGGGAUGGAGAUAGCGUCACGUACGAACUCCUCUAUCCAUGUGCUUCGGCUAUUAUCUAUCCGAUAGGCAAGGACCAUCUUUACAGCAACCAUUCUGAUUUUGACAGAAUCUGUGCCUUGGAAGUCUCAUAUCCACUUACGCUGGAGAUCAUCAAAUUUCUUUAUCACUGGAGGCAUAUGAUUAAGCUGAGAAGCCAACCGCCUGGUGCCAACGAAUUUGAUUCCUCUUCCGUGAAAGAUGAAGAAGUUCACGCCUGGAGCUUCUUCGUCAGACACUCGGUCCUCACUGGCACCCAGGUAUCGGGCUUUGCAGGAGAAAGACAAGAAUGGAGGCUUGAAUUGGAAGCAAGCCCUGGCUGGAAGACCAACAGACAAUCGGCAUUAGUGGACGACUUGUUGUCAGAGUUCGCGGAGCUCAUGAACUUUUGGAACUCGGAAGCCUUUGACGCUGUUGAGGAACUGGUGAAAGAACUAGAUAUUACAAAAAGCACUCAGGAGAUACAGCACUGGCACAGGACUCUUGGCCGCUUUUCAGCCUCCUUCUGUGGCCGAGGAUGGAAAGGCGAUGCCGAUGCCCAACGGUCGUUGAAAGAGGCGAAGCUUCGAACCUUGAAGAAAGCGCACGAGUUCCUCUUCAAUACUUUCAGUCAGCUAUUUCCCACAGGUGCUAAGAAAGAGACAAUGUUUUUGAUGCCAAUGAAUUUUGGCGAAAUCUCUCAGUUAUCGGAGGAAUGGCUGGGAGGUUAUCGAGACGAGGAAGAAGCGGUUAGGAUCAUGGAGCAGAGGUGGAUGAAUUUGAAGACCGAAGAGAUGUUCGAAACGCUUGAGGGUCUUUAUGGAUGGUCAAGAAAGACACAAACAAACAAACAGGAUGUGUUCAUCUCUCUGCCUCCAGGACUGGGCAUAUUUCAAUUGGAACGCUACAUCAACAGCGAACGAUAUGAUGGUAUUGCUGACUCGCAAUUGGGAUGGUAG